ACGUAUUCCGUCUCGCUGCUCUGCUAAAAUGGCGUCGUCGACUCACGAGCAGCUCCAUCACCUACCGAACCAGUACGGAACCACCACAGCUCCACCGCCGACGCCGUCGACCACCCAACCCAACCCCCAGUCCUCGUCGGACCAUGCCGACGUUCUAUCUCGUCUGCUGCACCGUCUCCCUCCCACUCUCUCCCUCCCUACCCGCCGCUCCCCACCAACUACGGCCGCCGCCACCGCCGCCAUCUCUCCUCCCCUUAUCUCUCUUUCUCCCCAAAGCCAAAACACCUCCAAGCUCCUCUCCGCCGCUUCGGAGCUGGGUUUCUUCCAACUCGCCAACCAUUCCGUACCUCCCCAACUCGCUCGCUCUGCCGAGUCCGACUCCAUCUCGCUCUUCAGCCUCCCGCGGGAACAGAAACCACUCCUUUUCCCCAAAAACUGGCCUCUGGGCUUCGACGGCGACGAGGACGAGAACGGAGCGAACGAAUCGUUCUGUCUCGAUUCGGCCUGUUCAACUGAGUCGACCGAGUUGUCCUUAGCUUCGCUUCGCGAGUUCACCCGCGAAAUGGAGAAGGUGGGUAUGGAGGUCGUAGAAGCUCUAUCGUGCGCCGUUGGGUUUGAGAACCCGGCCCGUGAGGACCCGACUCGGGUCUGUUCGUUAAUGUGGAUAUCUGACGGGACUAAGCCGGGUUACGGACCGGGUGCGCCUGGUAGGUUAUACCCGUAUGUUGUCGGGUUAGAGUACCAAAUCAGAUGCCAGAAGUACUCGUUGCUUUCGGACUCGGGUUGGGUUUCGGUUUCGCCCCAGGUGGGCUCGAUCUUGGUCACCCUCGGCGACAUUGCUCAGGUGUGGAGCAAUGGAAAGAUAAAGAAGGUGAGAGGAAGGGCUGUCCCAGAUGUUGGGGAUGAAGUUGAGAAUGCGCAGCACAAGAAGUACGGCAUAUCCAUGUGCCUUGUGGUGUCCCUCCCUCUAGAAAGUAGCGUCUCUCCCCGCCUCAUUCCAAGGCUGACUACUAAUGCCAAUAAUGAUAAUAAUAUUGUCGGUGUCGGUGAUGGUGAUGAUGGCCAAGAAAAGGGAGAAGACAACAAAGAUGAUAAAGCUGGCGGCAAUGCAGAAGCAGAAGCAGCAGCAGCAGCAGCAGCAGAUGCUUUCCAGACGUUUUCUUUUGAGGACUACGCUUGGAGAGUAUACCACGAGCGACUCCUCCUGAAGGACCCGCUCGAUAGAUAUCGGAUCAUCUAAUUGAGUUUAAUUUGCGUGUGUGAUAUAUUAUAUAAUAAGGCCAAAAUGGGUUGUUCAUUUCGCCCUUGCUAAUGGGUCAUGCAUUCGGUCCAAUUAGCAGUUGUCCAUAUUAUUAUAUAUAAUAUGUGUGUUUUUUGGCGACGGUGCUCUCCAUCCGCCAAACUUAGUACUUUGGGAGGGCAAUAUAUUUAUAUAUAUAUAUAUAUGUUAUUUAUGCUUUGGGGAAAAUGUUUUUUAAUUAAUUAUUAGCAUCAGGAGGUUGUAUUAGUGGCAUUCUCAUAUCUUUUCCUAUAUAUGUUCUUCACUUUCGAGCUGAUUAUUCGUUCAAAAUUCUGCUGUGGCUUGAGUGGGCUUGUCUAGAGGUGUGACA